CUUUUUCUGGUAUAAAUAGUCAAAACAAAUUAUGUUUGGAAGUUUGUGAAGGAUUACGACCUAAUAUUAUUGAAGGCACUGCUCAAUGCUAUAAGACCCUUAUGACGCAGUGUUGGGAUGCAGAUCCAAAAAAGCGCCCAACUGCUUUGGAAAUUUACGAGACUUUUGAGAACUGGAAGAAUAAUCAAGAAAUUUUAUUAGAAUUUUCAGAAUCAGAUAGGAAGAUAAGGAAGACAAUACGAACUACCUUUAAUAACAACACUGUUGAAAUUUACCGCAGUCAGCAAACUAGUGUUUAUUCUCAACAAAGUGAAAUUACGACAAUGCGCACAGAAAUUUCCGAAGUCUCUGAUAUUGGUUUAAAAAUUGCAAAGCUUAUGCAACAAAAGAAAUAA